AUGAUUGUCGUUCAAGGCAUCACGCUCGGCUUCCUCCUGCCUUCGUUGGCGCUUUGGGGCUCGUCUUACGGGGUUGGUGCCACUCCGACCGCGCUCGCGAAUGCCCGUGAUUUGACCGCGUGCGAUACUCCUUCGGCCGCGUAUGUGUUCAGGAGGGACGAGGGACAUGAGCAUGCCACUGUUCACAACGAAACCGCCACCGUGGAUGCCCCUCAUGCCCACGCCGGAGGCCACAGUCAUCCCUCCGGUCCGGCCAAGGCUACGCUCAGUGAAAGCGACUCGCACCCGCCGCCACCAUCGUAUUGGACCCUUGACUUUGACUCCGAUCCGUCCGAAAAGCGAUACCCUGGCUUCAUGCUCAUGCACGUCCUCGCGAUGUGUGGCGCGUUCUUUGGUGCUCUCCCAGUUGGAAUCGCUAUGCGUAGCGUGAAUCACGCAUGGCACGGUGCAUCAGUCAUCGCCUUCUGGGCUCUGGUUAUUGUCGGAUGUGCGUCCAGUAGCCUUUACCGGAAGCUGACGCCGAAUAUGUACGAGGGACAGGUGCACUCGAAGCAAUCAUACUACGUGUUACUCAUCGCACUUGUUCUCACCAUCAUUGACUUCGCCGCCGGGAUCGGACGUUUGAUCCAGUACGCGAAGGAUGUCAAGAACGGCGAGGCAUUCAGCUUCCGGGCGCUCUGGCGCCAAGUUGUGCUUAAGCAAGAUGGGCGCUCCGUGUUUGGCCACCACGGUGCUGAGUAUGCCAACCUCGUUGUCGGAGAACCGGAAGAGAUGGAACUCGAGGACGAUAUCAUCAAGCCACACAACGGUUCCCGGCACGUUGUAUUCGACGAUCAACAUGAAGAGGAUCGUGGGAGUUCGAGCGAAGAUGCACAAUGGGCCAAUCAUGAUUACCCGGAGACGCCCAAUUCUGAGCGUACCGUGUUUGAGCGUCUCACUCGCACCAACUCGCACCAGUCGCACAACUCGGACGAGACUCUCAACGUCGACUUCGGGGCAGCCGCCAGUGCUGCGCCCACAAAGUCGUUUGCGCGUCGCGUCGGGAGCACCAUCUUCAACGUCCUGGAGCGUGUUUUAGUUUUUGCUGCGUUCGGCGAGCUCACCGUCGGGAUUGCAAUCUAUCUCGGGGGCUGCCGGGGGUACCGCAUCAAUGUCUGCCUCGCGCACGUCAUCAAGGGCGGCAUCUUUUGGUGUUAUGGCCUGGUCACGUUCGCUCGUUUCCUCGGCUCGUUCUCUAACCUCGGCUGGGCAUGGAACCGCGCCCCUAAAGGACGUCCGGUUUCCGCCGAGUUCGUCGAGUCUGCGGUCAUCUUCACGUACGGUAUCACCAACGUUUGGAUGGAACGUUUCGGCGCUGCGCCCGGCUCGCCGUUCACGACGAAGCAGAUCCAGCACAUCUCCAUCGCGGCAAUGUACUGGUUUGCCGGCAUGGUCGGUAUGGGCAUGGAGUCUCGUCGUCUCCGCCGAUGGAUGUCUGCAUUCGCGACAGCUUCCAUGAAUCCGUCCGACCGCCGAAGCAGCGCUGUUGCAGAACCUGCGACGUACUUGGCGAGCUACAACCCGUUCCCAGCGCUUUGCAUCGGGGUCACUGGUAUCGCCAUGAGCGCCCACGCGCAGAACUACGUCUUCCAGGUUCAGAUCCAUGCGCUCUGGGGCUACGCACUUGCUGGCUUCAUGGUCAUGCGUUGGGCGACGUACUUCUUUACAUGGCUCGGUCCUCCGCGCUCAAUUCUGCCUUCGCGCCCGCCUAGUGAGGCUGUCGGUGCCUUCAUGCUCGCCCUGGGCGGCCUCGUCUUCAUUCUCAGUUCUGAGGAGAUCACGAUCGGUGCCAUGCGCAUGGGACAUGAUGACGUGAUGAUGUUCGCGAAUGCUGCAGUGGCAUUCACCUGCAUCGCAUUCUGCUGGGUCAUGGCUGUUGUCGGCGUCAAAGCCUGGCUCACAACACGUUCCCUCCAGGGCAAGGUGUCUUUCCAUGAUUCCGCGUAG